GGCUCACUCGCGCCCAGCGCCCUGGCUCCCAGCGGCCGCCGGGCCGAGCCGCCCAGCGCCUGCCAGCCGCGCCGGGACCGACAGAUAAGGAGCUGAAGGUCAGGCAGGGGCGGAAUGGUGCUCAAUGAUUCCAAAGCAUCUUUGAUCUGCCAGACUGAGGGGCUGCUGGCCUUUCUUGGACCAUUCCAGAGAGGCCUGCAAUUUCAGAGAAAUGAGCGGAUGCUUCAGGAGUCCCGAGCUCGGCACGAGCCACCGGCCAGCAGGACAACCGGUGCCUUUGAAGUGAAAAAGCAGGAUGCCCCCGGGGGUUGACUGCCCCAUGGAAUUCUGGACCAAAGAGGAGAAUCAGAGUGUGGCGGUUGACUUCCUGCUGCCCACGGGGGUGUAUCUGAACUUCCCUGUGUCCCGGAAUGCCAACCUCAGCACCAUCAAGAAGGUGUUGUGGCACCGCGCCCAGUAUGAGCCGCUCUUCCACAUGCUCAGCGACCCUGAGGCCUACGUGUUCACCUGCGUCAACCAGACCGCCGAGCAGCAGGAGCUGGAGGACGAGCAGCGGCGGCUGUGUGACAUCCAGCCCUUCCUGCCGGUGCUGCGCCUGGUGGCCCGAGAGGGCGACAGGGUCAAGAAGCUUGUCAACUCACAGAUCAGCCUCCUCAUCGGCAAAGGCCUUCACGAGUUCGACUCCUUGCGGGACCCCGAGGUGAACGACUUUCGCACCAAGAUGCGCCAGUUCUGCGAGGAGGCGGCCGCCCGCCGGCAGCAGCUGGGCUGGGAGGCUUGGCUGCAGUACAGCUUCCCCCUGCAGCUGGAGCCCUCGGCCCGGAGCUGGGGGGCCGGCACCCUGCGGUUCCCCAACCGGGCCCUCCUGGUCAACGUCAAGUUUGAGGGCAGCGAGGAGAGCUUCACCUUCCAGGUGUCCAGCAAGGACGUGCCCCUGGCGCUGAUGGCCUGUGCCCUCCGGAAGAAGGCCACGGUGUUCCGGCAGCCGCUGCUCGAGCGGCCCGAGGACUACACGCUGCAGGUGAACGGGAAGCACGAGUACCUGUACGGCAGCUACCCCCUCUGCCAGUUCCAGUACAUCUGCAGCUGCCUGCACAGCGGGCUGACCCCCCACCUGACCAUGGUGCACUCUUCUUCCAUCAUCGCCAUGCGGGAGGAACAGAGCAACCCUGCCCCCCAAGUCCAAAAGCCACGCACCAAACCGCCCCCCAUUCCCAUGAAGAAGCCUUAUUCCUUGUCCCUGUGGUCCCUGGAGCAGCCUUUCUGCGUGGAGCUGAUCCAGGGCAGCAAAGUGAAUGCCGACGAGCGGAUGAAGCUGGUGGUGCAGGCUGGGCUUUUCCAUGGCAACGAGACGCUGUGCAAGACGGUGUCCAGCUCGGAGGUGAGCGUGUGCUCAGAGCCCGUGUGGAAGCAGCGGCUGGAGUUUGACAUCAACGUCUGCGACCUGCCUCGCAUGGCUCGUCUCUGCUUCGCACUUUACGCCGUGAUAGAGAAGGCCAAGAAGGCUCGCUCCACUAAGAAGAAGUCCAAGAAGGCGGACUGCCCCAUCGCCUGGGCCAACCUCAUGCUGUUUGACUACAAGGACCAGCUCAAGACCGGUGAAUGCUGCCUGUACAUGUGGCCAUCCGCGCCAGACGAGAAGGGGGAGCUGCUGAACCCCGCGGGAACAGUGCGGAGUAACCCCAACACGGAGAGCGCUGCUGCCCUAGUCAUCUGCCUCCCUGAGGUGUCCCCCUACCCUGUAUACUACCCAGCCCUGGACAAGAUUCUGGACCUGGGGAGGCACGGGGAGCACGGGCGCUUCAGCGAGGAGGAGCAGCUGCAGCUGCGGGAGAUCCUGGAGCGGCGGGGGUCCGGGGAGCUGUAUGAGCACGAGAAGGACCUGGUGUGGAAGAUGCGGCACGAAGUCCAGGAGCGCUUCCCCGAGGCGCUGGCCCGCCUGCUGCUCGUCACCAAGUGGAACAAGCACGAGGAUGUGGCCCAGAUGCUCUACCUGCUGUGCUCCUGGCCGGACCUGCCCGUCCUGAGCGCCCUGGAGCUGCUGGACUUCAGCUUCCCCGACCGCCACGUGGGCUCCUUCGCCAUCAAGUCUCUGCGGAAACUGACGGACGACGAGCUUUUCCAGUACCUGCUGCAGCUGGUGCAGGUCCUCAAGUACGAGUCCUACCUGGACUGCGAGCUGACCAAGUUCUUGCUGGACCGGGCCCUGUCCAACCGCAAGAUCGGCCACUUCCUUUUCUGGCACCUCCGCUCGGAGAUGCACGUGCCGUCCGUGGCCCUGCGCUUCGGCCUCAUCAUGGAAGCCUAUUGCAGGGGCAGCACCCACCACAUGAAGGUGCUGAUGAAGCAGGGGGAGGCGCUGAGCAAACUGAAGGCCCUGAACGACUUUGUCAAGGUGAGCUCCCAGAAGACCACCAAGCCCCAGACCAAGGAGCUGAUGCACCUGUGCAUGCGCCAAGAGACCUACCUGGAGGCCCUCUCCAACCUGCAGUCCCCGCUGGACCCCAGCACCCUGCUGGCUGAAGUCUGCGUGGAGCAGUGCACCUUCAUGGACUCCAAGAUGAAGCCCCUGUGGCUCAUGUACAGCAACGAGGAGGCGGGCGGUGACAGCAGCGUGGGCAUCAUCUUUAAGAACGGCGACGACCUCCGCCAGGACAUGCUGACUCUGCAGAUGAUUCAGCUCAUGGAUGUUCUGUGGAAGCAGGAGGGACUGGACCUGAGGAUGACCCCCUAUGGCUGCCUCUCCACCGGGGACCGCACAGGCCUCAUCGAGGUGGUACUUCACUCAGACACCAUCGCCAACAUCCAGCUGAACAAAAGCAACAUGGCAGCCACAGCUGCCUUCAACAAGGAUGCGCUGCUCAACUGGCUCAAGUCCAAGAACCCUGGGGAGGCCUUGGAUCGAGCCAUUGAGGAGUUUACCCUCUCCUGUGCUGGCUACUGUGUGGCCACUUACGUGCUGGGCAUUGGUGAUCGGCACAGCGACAACAUCAUGAUCCGCGAGAAUGGGCAGCUGUUCCACAUUGAUUUUGGCCACUUCCUGGGGAAUUUCAAGACCAAGUUUGGAAUCAACCGUGAGCGGGUCCCCUUCAUCCUCACGUAUGACUUUGUGCACGUGAUCCAGCAGGGGAAAACGAAUAACAGUGAGAAAUUUGAAAGAUUCCGUGGCUACUGUGAGCGAGCCUAUACCAUCCUGCGGCGCCACGGGCCGCUGUUCCUUCACCUGUUUGCCCUGAUGCGGGCCGCCGGCCUGCCUGAGCUCAGCUGCUCCAAAGAUAUCCAGUAUCUCAAGGACUCUCUGGCGCUGGGAAAGACCGAGGAGGAGGCUCUGAAGCACUUCCGGGUGAAGUUUAACGAAGCCCUGCGGGAGAGCUGGAAGACCAAAGUGAACUGGCUGGCCCACAACGUGUCCAAAGAUAACCGGCAAUAGCAGCUCCUGCAGCUUCCCCCCACCCGGGGCCCGGAGGCAGCGGGCCGCCCGCCUUGGGAACCAGGCACCCUCAGCGGUCCUCCGGGGCCCAAGAGCCUGAACCGCACCCCACGGGAAAGAACCUACAAGACUGCCUUUUGUUUACACUGGUUAUUUAUUUAUGACUUGAAAUGUUUCAGGAACUCGACAGCCAUAAAUGGAAAUGCAUCCUCUGUGCAGGGGAGGGCCGUCCUCAGCCACGGCCCUGCGCUUCGCUGAGAAGACACCGAGUCGAGCCCUUCGGAGGCUGCACCUCGCUAAGGACCGUAACCACGAGUCUUCCAGCUGGUGAAUCGGGACCCAGCAAAGACUGCUCUCCCCACCGGGAAGCCUGCCUUCCUCCCAGGCUCCCACCGUGCUGCCCAGGGCUUGGCGCCCGGCCGUUACCUGGUGCCCACUUGUCCGCUCGCCCCCUCCACCUCUGUGCUCUCCACGGGCUGAGCGCGGGGCAGCUCCCAGAGGAAGUCUGGGUACCCACUAGAAUCAGGGAUGCUUGCUUUCCACUUUUAAAGUGACUCUUGGGUACGGGAAAUCCUCUCCUCUCUUUGCUGUAAAGCAGUUUUGUUUGCGGGUAAGAAAACAAAACGAAACAGCCAAACUACUUACUGAACCUCUGUGGCUCAGAACGGCCUCCACCCCCGUAAAGUAUUCUAUAUGCUGGUCCUCAGGACAUUAAACAGACCUGAGCUUGACUUAGCUCAACGUGCCAUGGAUCGAGGUCAGAGUACUUUGUGCAGUUGGCUCUGACCUGCCUCGUAAAGCAGGUUUUAAGGAAGGCAGGACCUGAUCUCCAGAACUCUCUCCUUUGGGAGCCUACUUGAGAAAGAGAAAUCAGGUUCCAGAAACCUGAGCAAGGUCUGUGGUGGAGUCUCUCUCUCUGACGGUCCUUACUUAGCCUGAAGCAGUUCAGGCUUAGCCUUAGGGGCAGUCUGGGGAGCUCCAGAAAUGCUAGGUUCCUGGGCCUCUUUAGCUGUCUGAAGCCAGCUCUGGACAGGGGACUAGGAAUCUGGGCUUCUAGAAGCCCGCAGAUGAUCCUUAUGUGUUAGAGGCCUCAUGAGGCUGGGCAGAGUCAGGAGCAGCUGCCCUGUGGACAGGGGCGGGGGCUUCGAAGAGAGGAAGAGCCCACUGCCUUCUGUGGUCAGUGAGCAGCAGGCACGCGGCGCGGUCCACACGUGGGGAGUGCCGCCCACAGACCACUGCCGACCACACUCUGGUCCCAGCUAAGCGCUGAGGUCAUCGGCCCCCUGCACCCGCUUGGAAGUAGGACGAGCCGAGUGUACGUCUCCGUGAUACUUAUUGACACGUGCCUGUGUGCUGCCCGGCCUCCUGGCUCCGAUGCGUGGCCUGGGUGCUUGGCGAGGAGAGUAUUUUCUGUUUUUGUUUUCGAAGUUUUUUUCGUGUUUCUGUAUGGGGAAGGGGAGUUCAACACAGCCGGUGGAGGGCACUCUGUGAAGCCCUCAUGUGAGAGGGAACAGCCUACUGAAAGAAAUAAAAGCCUUUUUAUGUUGUGUUCUCAGGUCAAAAACCAAACCAGCGAGCGCAGGGUUAGAACAAAACCAGGACGAGACAGGACGCGCCCACGGGAGUGAGAGCCAGCGCUUUAUUGCGGCGGGGACACUUUCUGACCUCA